AUGGGCGCCUGUCUCUCCUGUCUAGGGCUGCGCGGCCAGAACGAUGACGAUGUUGAGCGCACGCGACUUCUUUACGACGAGUUCAACACUGGCGUCCACGGCUAUGGAAGCUGGGGCGCAGGCAAUGUCAUCUCCCAAACGGUCCUCAGUCCAGAAGAGGCACAGCGAGAGCAAGAGGCGUUGGAUGGGAUAACCAGAUGGGCGAGCGAUCAAAUCGUCGAGAUCUUCCCCCAUCAGCACCGCGGCCUCGCGAUGUCCGUCUCACAAAUCAACGGAAAUGCCGAACACGGCACGUCGAACUCGACACAUCAUGACAUUCUCCUCUCGUUAAUCCCAGGCGACAAGUCCAAGCGAUCCAUCCGAAUCUACUCGGCGUCCCGGCCGACAUCUAAGGACGCACAGUCUCUACGGAGCAAAGGUUCAUUUGCCGGCAUGAACGGCGCCAACGGUGUGCAUACAAAUACCGGAGUCCUCGUCAAAUUAGAUGUCAAUCUCCCGUGA